AUGUAUGCAGGAUUUCGGUGAGGGUUGGUCAGAACGUUUCGAGUUCUAAAUAUGAAGAACUCUUUCGAUAUGAAAUAAUUAUGAACCCAAACAUCCUGGGUUUCUUCUGAAAAGUACGGCAAAGGAAAGUUCCUUAUAAACAACAAAAUACGCUCAAAUCCUAGAAUGAAAUUCAAGAUGUGUCAAUGAAUUCAGUCUAGCAAAAUAAAAUUUCCCUUUACGUCCUGCAACAUGUGUGCUUAUAAUGGCACCGCGUUUAGUAGUUCGUACUUAUUUGUGGGAAGUUUAAACGCAGGAAGUGUAGAUUAGCAAUUGACAGUUCGUGUGCGUGUUGUUUGAAGUUACAAUGAUUUCUACCUUCAGAAUUAAUGUGUAAUAGAAUUUAUCCAUUUGUUUGCAAUAAUGACAGAUAUGGACCUUUUUUGUAACAAUAAAAACUGCAGAAAACGUUUAACAACGUGCGCCUGGAUAACAAGCUGUUCACACGCAUUUUGUGAUGAGGAUGCUGACCAGACAUUUUUUAGCACACAGAACAAUAUCCUAUGUCCUGCUUGCAACAGUCAACUUCCAGAGAAGCAUGACAUUGUAAAGGUGGACUUAAAUCCACCUGACAAAUUUAAAUCUAUGGUUCUAGCAGGAUUACGCCCAGAGAUAGUUAUGGAUGUAACAAACCGUGCACUUACAUUUUGGCAUUAUCAAAUGUAUCAGGAGUUACAAUAUCAUAAAGCUAUUAACAAGCGGUCUAGUGAUAAUUUAACCCAGGCUGAGGAAACUUACACUGCUGAAAUUAUGAAACUGAAUGCAGUUUUGCAGAAAGAAAGGAGGAAUAAGGAAGCCUUAGAAAAAGAAGUGGAAAAUCAAUCACGCCAAUUAGGAGAGCUACAGGAUCAAAUUGUACAAAAGAAUCGUCAUCUGCAGAAUCUUAUGGCUUUAAAUAACAAACUUCGGUGCAACACAACCAGCUCUCAACCAAAUGACAGUUAUGAUGUAACCAAACCUAAAAGAAGCAACUACUCCUUAGGGCCAACAACUUUGCAAGACAUAAGGCAUACUUAUGAUGAAGUUAACCAUGAAAAUGCAAGUGGACAACUACAAGCAAGUAAAAGUUUUGUAUUUAACCCAGUGACACCACCUGCAAGACCUGAUGAAAGGAAGAAGACUUUUGUUAAUAAAAAAUAAGAUUUAGUCAUGGAAGACAGAAAUCUAAUUAUUCGUAUGCAAC